AUGGACACUGCUGAAAAAAUCAUUAUCUUCUGUUUUCUCUUACGAGGUGUUUGCUGUAGAGAUUUCAACAUCAGUUUGCCAGAGAAGAUUCAAGCUCUCAGUGGAUCCUGUGUGAUUAUAAAGUGCAGAUUUGACAUUAAAGAAGAAUAUGAUAAAGACCUCACUGAGAGAGCUGCUGGAGUCUGGUUUAUAAAUGAGACUGAUGUGGGGAAAAAUCUAAUAUUUAACUCCAGUGCAUCAGUGCAGAACUCUUUUAUUAAAGGGAAUAUAACUGGAAAAUUAAUAGACAAGGACUGUACCACUGUCUUUUAUGAUGUCAGAUCAAAACACAGUGGUCAGUAUUUCUUCAGGAUUGAGGGUGAAGGUGGACUGAAAUGGAACUACAAAGAAAGCAAUGUUUCAUUAGAAGUGAUCGAGUCUCCAGUGAAUCCUCAAGUUGUGCUGUAUGUGGAUGAGCAGGAGCUGCAGGAUCAGCAGGAGGUGUUGGAGGGCAGAUCUGUGUGUCUGCACUGCUCUGCUGAGACUCUCUGCUCUUCUCCUCCAGCAACUCUCACAUGGAGCUCCACUGCCAGAAUCCCCCUCAGUGAGAGCAGCAAACUACAAGAGCGCAUCAUCUCUGACCUGAACUUCACUGCUGCUCAGCGGCACCACAGAGUCACUUUCACCUGCUCUAUAAACUACCAGCUGCAGGACUACAACAGAACAGCUCACAGCAGCAUCACAUUACAUGUGCAGUAUGCUCCUCAAAUAUCCAUCUCCUCUAGUUGUACCAGUACUGAUGUAACUUUGUGUUUCUGUGAGGUUGAUGGGAAUCCCUCUCCUGAAGUGGAGUGGCAUCUGACUGGACGUCUCGUCUCGAACUCUUCAAACACCUUCAUCAGUGAAGAGCAAUUGAGCAACACAAGCUUGAGGAGCUUCAUCUCUCUACAUCAGUCUCUCACACACACAAACCCUCUGCUGUGUGUCAGUAAAAACAGUCAUGGCAAUGCAAGUCAGCAGCUUCUACUUCCUCCAGCCACUGCAUGUAAUGCAUGUUUGAGUUAUUCCUUUAUGCUGAUUGGAGUUCCUGUUCUGGCUUUGGUGAUUUUGGUGUCUGUCAUUAUAUGCAUACGAAAAGAGCGUGGGAAACAGCAACAAACUAAACAAGAAGAAUGCAAUAAUGGAAGUAGUCAAAAUGCAAUUAAGGAGAAUGAAGGUGACUCUCUUUAUGUCACGAUGUCAUCUGUUGGAACCACAAAAGGAAAUCUGGACGUGAAGAGCGUCUCUAGUCUUCAUGAUGACUAUGUAGUGAUAUAUCGGGGUUCUGGAGGACCGGCAAAAGCAAAGAGUUCAGUGAGAGAGUCUUCAAAUUCAACAGAAGCACAGGUGAUUGAGAGAGCAGAUGAGCUUACUAAACAAACAGAGUCAAAGCAAUUAGAGGAAGAGCUGUUUGAAGAAGACUCUCAGCUUUAUGCAAAGAUAAAACAUUGUAGUACAUAG